UUAUUAUAACAGUUAAUAACAUUUUAUACGUUUAAAAUGAAAGGCAUAUAUUAGAUUAAACAUCGCUGUCAGAUCAAACAAUUACGUAUAGUCAUUCAGAUGGCGUUAAUAUGCGCAAUAACUAAACCAUAGCAACUAUGCCUUACUAAAAGAGACAUCUGAGUUUAGAACAAAUAACCUUCUGGCUUGUUUCUAUAAACAGAAAAUAUUAAAUUAUUAAACUAGUUAAUGAUGCUUUUAUAAUAAGUUGAUUAGUUAUAACCUUUAGUAUAUUAUAUUUGUAAACACAAAAGCCAUUCCUGUUGAUACCGUGGAAAAUUAAUUGAAAGAUUCAACACAACUAAUAAAAAUGACAGAACCACUGGAUUAUACUUCUAGUAUUAAUUAUCCUAUGGCUAAUGGUUAUGAUUAUGGGUAUGAUGAGAAAGAUGGCGAAUAUUAUGAUGAGACUGAUGACAAAGACUUACCACCAGUGCCAAAAACAAUGGAAGAUUUCUUACGCAUGGAAAAUCUUGAAGAAUGGCCUCAGAAAUUAACUUCUGAAAACCCAUUGGAUAUUCUUACUGACAAAAAUUGUUUAGGAAGUAAAACUGACUUGCAAGAGAAUAUAGAAGAUUCAACGCCCGAUAUUGAAAAUGUAUUUGACGUUCUUCAAGAAAGAGUAAAUGGAUUAUCCAAAACAAUUCUAUAUUUUGGGGAGAAAAUGUUUAAUUAUCAGUUUCCAAGCAUCGAAGAAUCUAAAGAAAAGAAUCUAUAUGAAAAAGAAGAAUUCGAUAGUCAAGAAGAGAGUUACAAGGAUGCGUUUUUAACAGAAUUGUCAGAUAGUCAAAUUAUGGAUGCUAAUAAAUAUUCAAAUAGAUCUAAAACAUUAGAAGAUUCAAUGAAAGAGAGCCAGAAAGGAAACGUGAAAUACUGCACCUUUCCAGGCUUUAAAGAAGGUGAUUUAACUUCAUUGCCAUCUAAUGUUGAAGCUCCUCACGUUCUUCAUCACGUUUCGAAAGCCAAUGAAGUCAACACUGGACUUCGAAAGUUUUGGAAGAAAAUUUUUCAAUCUGAAGCGUCAAUUGCCUUACUACAAGAUUCUGUUUGGUGGCUAUUUAUUCAUUUUUUCGAACCUACUCGCAUCAGCGAAAGGGAUAAACUUUUUGAUAGAAUGUCCGACAGUUUCGUCACUCUCUUGUUGAGUAUUCAUCCAGACUUGGCUGAUAAAGUUUUUAUGAUUUAUCCAAGUUGUUUGGCACAGAGUGUAUUUGUUUCUUUUCAAGAGGCCUUUCCAGAAUCUGGACAAAUGUUCGAUAACAGCUUUAAAGAAGAUAUUUGCGGGUUUGUAUAUGAGUGGAUAACUGGAACAAAACCACCUGUUGGCUCAUGGAAAGUUUGGAACUUCAAUCGUUUAAAAUUACCUUCAGAACAUAGAGCAACAUCUGAUGAAGGUGAAUUAGAAAGACUGACUAUGGAUAUAGCUCUAAAUAAUCGACCUUUAGACGUUCAUUUAGGGUUUGAUGAAUUUUUAAAAGUUGUAGAGAAUUUAGGAGAUAAAGAGCUGGAAGAUAGUCAAAAUACUACUCUCGUGAGAAAUAAAUCCAAAAUUAACAUAAUGAGGCCAUCAAAUAGAAGAAAAAAAGUUGACAAAAGUCAUGUUAUCGGAAGAGGGUCAAAAGUGGAAAAAGUUCUCUUCGACUUAAAAGGACGAUCGCCGUUAGUUGAGCAUUUUCUUAACAUGAAACUGCUAGCUGAAAAGGAGCCACCUAGAGUUCCAAGGAGAAUGCAGAGAAUACAAAUAAUUGAAGAACCAGAAAAUAAAAUGACAUAUAAACAAGUUAUUAAUGAAACUGUUGAAAAGAGUAGGAUAAAUAAAGAGAAAUUUAUGAAUAUAUCUAAAGAAACCGAAAAAGAGUUAGCCAAAUUGGAAAAGGAGAGAAAAAUGAUGAAAAGAAAAAUCGAGAAACUUCAAAAAGAUUUACUUUUUAUUAAAGAUCCUGCUGAAGCUAGAAAGAAGAGUGAAAAAGUAUUUUCCAGUUUUAAACAAUCUUACGAUGAUUUAAUUGUUAUGGAAGAAGAAAAAGUUGAAAACUUAGAAGACGAAGAAGAUAAGGAAGAGAAUUUUGAUGAUUAAAAAUUUUAAUACUUUUUUAUAAGAUAUAUCUUAAAUAUUGUUGUAUAUAGCUAACGACAUCUAUUGGCGACCGAUAAAAAUUAUAUAAUAUUUUUACUAUCAUUAAUUUUUGAUCAAAUGUCAUCAGUAAUGUCGCUAAAUCUUUGUAAUAAAUAAAAUAAAAAGCUCUUUAAUCAUG